UGGUGCUGGUUUUGGCUUUCCUUUUUUUGUGCAACAAGAAUUCCCUCACUAAGGUUUGACCUCUGCGUCCUGUCACUUUUGAGCCUCACCUCCUCUGAGAGACAGAACGACAAAGGGAAGGGAGGUGUGUGUUAAAGGCAGAGGAAAUCAUGUGUGUGCUAUAACUGAGGACAAGGUGUAGACAGAGUUGAAGAAGAGACAGAAGCUGCAGACGUCAUUCCUUUAUUGAUCAGAACUGUCAACAAAUACAAAAGAGGACUCAGGCUUUCUGUCUCGAUAUUCCUCAGAUUCCAUGUGUCACUGGCAUCACAUCGAGGGCGAAUAGGAUGUCAGUGUCAGGAAAAAAGGAGUUUGAUGUAAAGCAGAUCCUCAGGCUCCGUUGGCGCUGGUUCAGUCAUAGCACCCAGACCCCAGGUGGGAAUGGGGGCUACAUCCAACAGGAAGGUUUUGACCACCGGGGAACACCAGUUCGGCUAAAGAGUCACUCCCGGGACAGAGGAGGACUCCGCAAGAGCAACAGCCCUGUGCACAGCAUUCUGGCUCCGGAUCCUGGACCCACACCUGUUUAUGUAAGGCCAGGCAAUCAAUCAUGGCACCAGCAGCAAAACAUCAUCCAGAACCUCCAUGCCAGUGAGGAGCUUCCUAAGAGCAAUUCACCUUGCAGUGCCAGGAAAGAGGAGGCAAAGAGCAGCCAUGAGGAUCUAAAGAUCAAUUUAGAGGAUCCCUCUGAGGAGGAAGCCACAGAAAGGUUAGCUGUGAGCAGUUUCUCUAAGAUGAGCUCCAAUUGUUCAGAUGAGUUUUUCCAGGCCACAAACCAUGCGGAACAGACCUUUCGAAAGAUGGAGACCUAUCUUCAGCACAAGCAGCUGUGUGAUGUACUUUUGAUUGCAGGAGAUCACAAGAUCCCCGCCCACAGACUUGUCCUGAGUGCAGUGUCAGACUACUUUGCUGCCAUGUUCACCAAUGAUGUGAGGGAGGCGAAACAAGAGGAAAUUAAAAUGGAGGGUGUUGAUCCUGAGGCAUUGAAAGCACUGGUUCAAUUUGCAUAUACCGGAGUACUGGAGCUAAAAGAGGAGACAAUUGAAAGUCUUUUAGCUGCUGCUUGUCUCCUCCAGCUCUCACAAGUCAUUCAAGUUUGCUGCAACUUUCUGAUGAAACAACUGCACCCGUCCAACUGCCUGGGGAUCCGUUCUUUUGCUGAUGCUCAUGGAUGCAUGGAUCUUCUGAACAUUGCUCACAACUACACUAUGGAACACUUUCUAGAAGUCAUUCAGAAUCAGGAAUUCCUCUUGCUACCCACAAUGGAAAUCGUCAAGCUUUUGUCCAGCGAUGACAUCAAUGUUCCAGAUGAAGAAACUAUUUUCCAAGCACUAAUGAUGUGGGUUCGCUAUGAUGUGCAGCACCGACAAAAGGAUCUGGGAGUGUUACUGGCAUUUAUCCGACUGCCCCUUUUACCACCACAGCUUCUUGCUGAUCUGGAAAACAAUAAGAUGUUUUCAGAAGACCUGGAAUGCCAGAAGCUUCUAAUGGAAGCCAUGAAGUAUCAUCUUUUGCCAGAACGCCGCCCAAUGUUACAGAGCCCAAGAACUAAACCACGGAAAUCCACUGUUGGAUCUCUCUAUGCUGUAGGGGGGAUGGAUGCUUCAAAAGGAUCCACAACAAUAGAGAAAUAUGACCUUCGCACAAACAGAUGGAAUCAGGUUGGAAUCAUGAAUGGGCGAAGACUUCAGUUUGGGGUGGCAGUGAUCGAUAACAAACUCUAUGUGGUUGGGGGAAGGGAUGGCCUCAAGACCUCGAACAUGGUGGAGUGCUACAACCCAAUGACUAAAGUCUGGUCCACCAUGCCUCCAAUGUCCACCCACAGACAUGGAUUAGGAAUUGCGGUGCUGGAGGGCCCCAUGUAUGCAGUGGGAGGCCAUGAUGGAUGGAGCUAUCUGAACACAGUGGAAAGGUGGGACCCCCAGGCAAGGCAGUGGAAUUAUGUGGCCAGUAUGUCCACCCCACGCAGCACUGUUGGAGUUACUGCUCUCAAUGGAAAAUUGUUUGCUGUAGGUGGUCGUGAUGGGAGUUCCUGUCUACGAUCAAUGGAAUGUUUUGAUCCCCACACCAAUAAAUGGAGCAUGUGUGCAUCAAUGUCAAAGAGGAGAGGAGGAGUGGGUGUAGCCACAUACAACAGUUUCUUGUAUGCAGUCGGAGGUCAUGAUGCACCAGCUUCAAGCCAUUGCUCUCGCCUCUCUGACUAUGUGGAGAGGUAUGACCCCAAAACAGACACAUGGACCACAGUGUCCUCCCUUAGCGUCCCCCGGGAUGCAGUGGGGGUGUGUCUGCUGGGAGACAGAUUAUAUGCAGUCGGAGGGUAUGAUGGCCAGUCCUACUUAAAUAGUGUUGAGUCCUAUGAUGCACAGAACAAUGAAUGGACUGAGGAGGUCCCUCUAAACAUCGGGAGGGCCGGGGCAUGUGUAGUGGUUGUGAAUCUGCACUGAAGCCUCUGUUUCUCUGAGCUGUGCCAUUAUAGCUCUCACAGCAAGCAAAAAGAGGCCUGUGAUGUCAACAUUUGGAAUGCUCUAUCAGUAGCAAAAUACACAUCGUUCAUCGAAGUUAUUGUCAACAUUGGAUUCAUUGAGACUGCUGUGUGCCAUUCAUUCUGUUUUCGCUCCGAUAUCUCACUACUUCAUACUAGAAAAAUAAAAAAAUUAUAUUAACAGAAAAAGAAGAGAAAAAUAAUAUUUUUAACUGUAGUAAAAUGAUAUGGGAAAAUUCACAUUUUAUAUUGAGAAGAAAAUAAUACUUUUGAAAUGUAUCCAAAUAUAAAAAAAGUUGAAAGGUAUAAUUUUAAUAUUUACAUCUUGUUAACCCAUUAAACAUUUUGACAAUAUCUUUCAGCCAACUGUAUUUUAAAAAGAGCAAACUUGUUUACUUGUGGCAUUUUCUGUCAAAUGUAUUUUGAUCUUGUAUAAAACAUUUUAAAAGACUACUGUGAAUACUUCCAAAUGUAAGCUUGCAACAAAACACAGAAUUUGUUUACUCAAUGUUUGUGGACACUCAUGCACAGUUCUCAUCUGAAUACACAUUUUGUCUGAGACUAGGUUCAGUACAAAACUACUUUUAAGAAGUUGUCAGUGAAGUAGAAGAAAAACAAAUAAAGAUAAAAAACACAAACGUAAUUAGCAUGUGUUUUUAACUAAUAGCUUUUAAUGGUAAUAAGGUUUACAUUAGAAAAUAUAUUAUAUCAUAUUGAUAUUUCACCAUUAUGUAAAGGUUAUUUUUUAGUAAUUUAUUGUAUAUAGUUACUGGUCAAAUGUAAUUUAUGAUCAUAACAUUUUGGCAUGAUACUUCAAUAUGUUUGAAUGCCAUUCUUGAAUAUUUUAACCAUGAUGGCAAAAUCAGCCAUGAUGUAAUUUGUCUUAUAUAAAUGCUUAUCUUGCUUUUGUGAUGUACUGACAUUCCUUUUUUUUGACCAUGCCAUAACAUAAAUCCUUUAUUGAGACUCAUCACCUGUCUGACUUAACUGCAAUGUAAAAUACUGACUAAGAAUCGUUAGUGCCACAUUUGUAAUACAGAAAUGCUUUCACUGAGACAUUUUUUUUUCAUUGUUUUUAUGGCAUGCAGAAG